AUGAAGACUAUCAAGCCAUUGCCUGAAGGUGUUCGUCACUCCAUGCGCUCCGGAAUUAUCAUGUUCGACAUGGCGAGGGUCGUCGAGGAACUCGUCUUCAACAGUCUCGACGCUGGUGCCACCAAGGUCUCUAUCUUUCUGGGUGUCGUUACGUGCUCUUUGAAGGUUGUGGAUGAUGGAUCAGGCGUUUCCAGAGAUGAUUUGGUUUUAUUGGGAGAAAGAUAUGCUACGUCCAAGUUUCACGACUUCUCAGAUGAGGAGAGAGCAAGUGAAAGUUUUGGAUUCCGAGGAGAGGCCUUAGCUUCGAUAUCAGAUAUCUCUUUACUGGAAAUCACGACGAAGGCUACUGGGAGGCCUAAUGGUUAUCGGAAGGUUAUGAAGGGAUCCAAGUGUUUACAUCUAGGAAUUGAUGAUGGUAGAAGAGACUCUGGCACGACUGUUACUGUCCGGGAUCUAUUUUACAAUCAACCAGUGAGACAAAAAUAUCUGAAAUCCAGCCCCAAGAAAGUUUUGGACUCUGUAACGAAGUGUGUUUUCCGGAUUGCUCUUGUGCAUUCUAAUGUGUCGUUCAGUGUUCUUGAUGUUGAAAGUGAUGCAAAGCUUAUCCAAAUCAAUCCUUCUUCUUCAGCAUUCUCACUACUGAUGAGAGAUGCAGGGACAGAGGCUUCGAAUUCGCUUUCCAGAGUAAACGUUACAGAUGGCGUGCUGAACGUCUCUGGGUAUAUCUCUGGUCCUGGAGAUAGUUUCAAGGCCUUGCAGUAUAUAUGUAUCCUUAUAUCUGCAUCUUCUUAUGUGCACCUACUAUCUUCUGCGGUUCAAGUUAGUUUUGAGUGCAAAAAAGAUGACUGGAGGCCUACAGAUGGGCUAAAAGCAGGAAUACGUAAUAGACUUCAGUCCAACCCUGGCUACAUUUUGUGCAUAACAUGUCCACGCCAUCUCUAUGACUUCUCGUUUGAGCCAUCAAAGACAAACGUUGAGUUCAAGAAUUGGGAACCUGUACUUGGCUUCAUAGAACGAAUCGUCCUAGCCAACUGGAAGAAAGAUACAAGUCUUGAACUUUUUGAUGGAGGAGCUGAUCUACUGGCAAAAGGUGAUAGACACGACGUGCUUGAUGACAUGAUUAGACUUCAAAAAGACUGGCCAGAAGCUAUGGAACCCACAAGAAAGAAACUCAAGAGAAGUGAUGAUCAGGCACCUUGUAGUGAUAUAAAAAAAGAUGGUGAUUAUUUCUCUCAAGGAAAGGAUGAAGGGUCUGAAUCAGUCAUGCCAAUGAUACUUAAUGACAAACAAAGUAGCUCGCUGAUUCGUGUCCUAGAGACUAGAGAGACCAGAGAAGGUGGUUCUUACUGUGAUGUUUUUUCUGAUACUCUUGGAGUUCAUGGAAUGGCCACGACUCCUAAUUGUUCCCUAGAGAGUUCAUGGCAGGAUACUGACUGGUUUACUCCACACCGUUCUUCAGACAGGGGAAGUGUUGGAAUUGGAGAAGAUUUUAACAUCAGCCCUAUAGAUACUGCGGAAUUUUGUUCUUAUGGAAACAAUUUUUUCAGGACAAAGUGCUUUUCCUCUGUCAAUGUGGGCAACUCUGAUGCUGAUAGUCUUUUCUUGAGUUCUGAGUGGUCUCCAAUGUUCUCCAUGCCUCCUUCUGCGACCAAUUGGGAGUCUAAUAAGCAGACAGGGAGUUUGAGAUUGGAAAGGAUGCCUGACCCGGAUCAUUUCAGUGCAGCUAGUAACAUCAAAUUUGAUCACGAGGUCACACCUCAAAUGCAUUGCCGAGAAAUCUGCACAGAUUCUUUCACAGAUAUUCAGAACUGCUCUCAGCCAGAUGGAAUAAAGUGCAAGUCAUCGUGGGGACAUGCAGAUAAUGUGGCUAUUGAAGAAGAUAGUGUCAGGAAGGACAAGUUCAGUUAUAGGGAUGGCACACAGAAAAACUUUGGUAAACAAAUGUCAAGAAGAAGCCACUCUGCUCCUCCAUUUCAUCGAGAGAAAAAGAGAUUUGUCAGCUUAAGCUGUAGAUCAGACACAAAAUUAAAGAAAUCCGAUCCAUCAGAAUUUGAUGAUUUGGAGUGUUUGACACAACCUUGUGAUGCAUCUCAUAUGCAUACUAAGGGCAAAAUCCUUGAUGAUGUGUCGUAUGACCACAUAAAAGAGACAGAAAAAAGAUUGACUUCUGGCUCGGACUUAAAAGCAUCUGCUGGAAACAGGACUGUGAACAUGGAGACCCAAGGUGAAGGUGGAGACGAAGACUUCAGCUCAGAGGAAAGUCUGGAUCCAAUUAAAUCUACAACGAAAUGGCGCCAUAAUUGUUCUGUCUCUCAGGUUGCGAAGGAUUCACACGAGCUUCAUGAUCAAGAUUGUGUGCUUGAUAUAUGUUCAGGACUUUUGCACAUACGAUCUGAUGAAUCCUUGGUUCCUGGAUCUAUAAAUAGACACUCCCUUGAACAUGCCAAGGUUCUACAACAGGUUGACAAAAAAUACAUCCCAAUUGUUGCUUGUGGAACAGUUGCCAUCGUUGAUCAGCAUGCUGCUGAUGAAAGAAUUCGUUUGGAAGAGCUGCAUAAAAAGGUCCUGGCUGGGGAAGCAAGGACAAUCACCUACUUGAGUGCAGACCAAGAGUUGGUACUGCCAGAGAUGGGUUAUCAAUUACUCCAGAGUUAUUCAGAGCAGAUAAAAAACUGGGGUUGGCUCUGCAACAUAAAUGUAGAAGGGUCAACGUCCUUUAAGAAAAACAUGAGCAUCAUCCAAAGGAAACCAACUCCUGUCACACUUAAUGCGGUCCCAUGCAUUCUGGGUGUAAAUCUCUCAGAUGUUGAUCUAUUGGAGUUUCUUCAGCAGCUUGCUGAUACUGACGGAUCAUCAACAAUUCCUCCAUCCGUUCUCCGAGUCCUAAAUUCCAAAGCAUGUAGAGGUGCAAUUAUGUUCGGAGAUUCUCUGUUACCCUCGGAAUGCUCUUUGAUCAUCGACGGGCUGAAGCAGACCUCACUUUGUUUCCAGUGUGCUCAUGGGAGACCAACGACAGUACCUCUGGUCAAUCUGAAGGCACUGCACAAACAGAUAGCAAAGCUCGGUUCCAGACAAGUGUGGCAUGGGUUCCAACGCAGAGAAAUCACGCUUGUUCGAGCCAAGUCACGCUUAGAUGAGGCUAAAAGCUAA